GAGAAGAAAAGGCAAAGACUUCCUUUGACGAAAGUGACGUUUCGUUAGGGCGCAUCAACACGCUCUUCAUCGCUCCCCCUCACACUGCUGGGUCUUUGAAAGCAUGCAUCGCGAAACUUGAAGGCCUAGCCACGCCGGGUCAUGCACUCUACAAGGAUAUGGAACUCUUUCAAGACACGAAUAGUGACGCUGCCAUGAAUGACACCGACGUCAUAUCCUUCCAAGGUGACACUUAUCCGGGGAGCGAUGAAGGCGAUCCCGUAGCCCUUAUCAAUGCAACCACCAAUACAGCAGUAGUAGUAGACCAAAAGGCUGAACCUACACCAGAUUCAAAUUUCAUGAAACGUGCUCGGUUAAAUGAAACUUUCAGCUACAAAAUGUACAAUACCACCUGGCUAUCGAUGAACAAAGAUGAAAUCGUUUACACGGAUGGAGUCCGCUUCUCCAUGAUGAACCCCAUGGCGCACCGACUUUGUUCAGGAUACAUGGUAAUUAAUUCCAAGGGUGAAAAAGGCUUUGUUUACGAGAAAUGGGAUAUGUCAGGAAUUAAGCUCAGAAGGGAUUGGUGUACCGGUACCCUAUAUGUAACACAAAAAACGACGAACUGA